AUGAGUUCACAGAUAGAUAUACAAACGGGUAAUGAAUAUGCUAGUGAAGAGCUAAAUCUACCAAAAACUCAACCAAUUCUUCAAACUAAUCAACAAUUAAAAACAUCGAAAGAGGCAGAAUCAAGUUUAUUGAAAUCAGUUAUGGAUUGUAAUGAAAUUGAAGCGGGAAAUAGCGCAGAUGAAUUAAUUGAUGACUCAGCAUAUGACCCUGCACAAGUUAUCACUGACCACAAUGACCCACAAACUGUGAUGAACAAUAGGACGAAUAAUUCCAGAAAUAUUUCUAACAUGCAUAAGCAACCAUCCGCUAAUGUUUCACAAAAGAAAUUACAAAAGUUAGAAAUAUCAGAAAAUUCUGCGACUACUUCGCAUGAUUCUCGAAAAUUGCAAAAUUUCGCAAAAAAUGAUCGAAUUCCUCUGUUAACAAAUGGCAGUAAUCGGGAGUUAAAAUGCAAAUCAGAGAACGAAAGUACUUCAAAGCCAAUGAUUGCAAGUGAUUAUCUGUUACCGGGUGCUGAUAAGGACAAAUGCUUUGUAUGCAAUAAGGAUUUGAAACAUUUGGAUGAAUUGCGCAAAUCAUUGCAUAUAAAUCAUUGUUUGGAUCAGCAAGAAGCAUGCAAUAAAUACGAAGCAAAAAAGGAAAAAUGGAAAAAAGUAGUGGAUUGUCCUAUAUGCGGUGAACCGUUAGAACCAGGACCAUUUCGUGCAGCACAUGCCAAGCGCUGUGGCAAAAAGCAUCACGUUAAUCCUAACAGUCUUUUGUUACUGUUGGAUACGCAGACGAAAGUAGCGGAAGCAAAAAAACGGAACGGUAUUGCACAUACAAAAUUAAAAGAACCAAAACUAGAAGAAAAAAAGCGUCCUAAUCGGUUCAGCGGGGAACCACGUUCACUAUUCGAUGAGCAAAUGAAGCUAACGACAGCGCUUUCUGCAAGCAUGUGUUCGAGCGGAAGUGAAUUAUACACUGAAACACAGGAGAUGCCACAGAAAUUGCCUAAAACCAAAUGCAGAAAACAACGACCUCGAUCGUUCUCGUUUGUAGAGCUUGAACCACGUGCAUGCAAGUGCGAAGUGAUUGAAAGAAUACAGGAGAAUUUUCUCAACCUUUUUAAAACUCGCGAUGAAAAGCAAGAUAUGCACACAAUGCUGAAAAAAAACAUUCAAAAUACUGAAAAGAUCUUAAAAAAUGCGGGAGUAUGCGUGCGUGAGUUGAAUAGCUUAAAGCAACUGGCAGAUGAUUUAGCUUAUUUCACCAAAAGCAACAGUGAUGUUGUUGUUUUUGCACGCGAAAACGAAACUUUUUUGGCCUGUCGAUUCAUUAUAGCUGCUCGAGCACCAACACUUUUGCAGCACUUAAAUGCGGAUGGUUCUUUGCUAUUGAGAGAAUAUUCAGGAGCAGCUGUCAAAUCCUACAUGACUUUUUUAACUUCGGCUUCAAUAAUUUGGACUGAAAAUGAACGCGAAGAAGUGCAUUCUAUGGCUGUAAAAUAUGGGCCGGAAGGUUUAUCAGCACUGUGUAAAUCUGCAAAGUUGGAAGUGAACUCCUACCAAGAAAAUGUGGAACGUUGUCCAGAAAUACAUAUUAAUGGGAAUUGUGAUGAUAUGGAAGAUAUUUCAAAUAAGGAAAAAAUUGAAGAUAUCGAAGUAGAAGGAUGUUGCUCAGAUGCAAAGCGUGGAAUUUGUGAUGAUGGAAAAGGAACAAAGAAUUCAAAUUCCGAUGAUCCAUCAAUUAUCUUUGUUGAAGAAGUUAGGGUAAAUGCUGAAAUUGUUGAGACGGCAAGAAACGUGCAUAGUUUGUUGAAAGAAACCUCAGAAAAUAUGUCUAGACCACUAGAAUCAGAAACCCUGAUUAGCGAAGAUAAUGAAAUCAUUAGUGGGAGUCCUGAUUUACUUCGUUAUUCAUUACCAAAAUGUAAGAAAUCAUUGAUGGACAAAAAAUUUGGGUUUCUAGAGAAAGAGAUCGAUGAACUUGCUAAAUCGAAUAAUUCGGUUUUAUUGGGAAAUAAAAUUGAUGGUGCUCCUCUUUCUUCUUCUCCACUCCCUCCUUGUGCUGCAUCAAAUGUAAAUGCCAUGGAUCAUUUGAGCGACUCCAUUGAAAAUUUGCUAAAGACACUUUCACCAAUCAAGCCGUUGCCGUCAGGUGAUGGAAAACUUUUAUCUCCAGUUGCUUGUUGUUCGAGACAAACAACAAUUGAUAACUUGUUGGAUAAUUUAUCACCAGAAAAGCUUCUCAACCCACCAAACUUUACUUUUAAAUCUGAAGAAACUCCCUUAUCCAGGAAGUCAUUGAUAAAAACGAAAAGUAGUCCGGAAUUUGCAUUCAUUCCAAAAAAACCAUCAUCACCGUUGUUGUCGACAUUACCAGUGCUCCAUCGGAUUCCUGCUUCUCCUAAAAAUGUUUCCUCGUCACCAGAAAGAAAAAGAAUACGGGCGACAGUCUUUAAACGUCAGACUUCUACACCAGAGGCUCCAACAAGUCAUCUUGUACGGCGAUUUGAAGAACUUGAUUCAAAUGUAUAUAUUCUGAAGACGAAAGAUAUUACACCUAUGCCGGCUUAUGAUUUGAUGAAUGAUAAAGAAUUAAAGGCGGAAUUGGCAAAAUUUGGUGUAAGACCGAUGGGUAAGAAACGAGGAGUUGCACUCCUUAAAAGAAUUUAUGAGGAAACACAUCCAGUGUUAGAGAGCACACCAUUAUCAAGGAAAACCAGAAACAAUAGAAGAAUGGAAGAGGAGAGCGGAGAGCAUUGUAGUGAUGAAGAACACGACACGGACAAAACAUUAAAUCGAAGUUUGAAUGAAUAUGACAUCAUGGAAGAAUCUUAUAUGAAUGAAGAACAAUCUGCAGUUCUUCCAAAAGAUUUGGAAGGUAUGCAGAGCGUUUUACUUAAAUGGUUGCGCAGGGAAGAAAAUUCUAGUUUGUAUAAUCAUUUGCUUGGCCUAAAUGUGAUUUGUUUCGAAGAAUUUGCGAACCAUUUGUUGCAUGCCGAUUCGACUGUAUCACAGAUUCCGAAGAAGGCACUUAUAGAAAUAUUAGAUCGCUUGCACGUUACUUUUCGGAUGCCGAUGGAUGGAUGGGAUCGGAAAAGAAGACUGGCAAAAAAAUGA